CCGUCGCCAUCUCCACCGUCCACGUCGUACAAGACGAUCGCUGCAGGAGCAGGAGGUCGUUGCGAUUCACGCCGUUCCGCGUUCACGAGUUUCACGGCAGUUCACGGCGAUCAGUGUGAUUCGGUGGCAGCGAACGUCGUGUUGUCGUUCUUCAUCGUCUGUUCGUAAUCCGAUUUCUGAUACCAAGAUGAAAUCAGUUUACGUGAUUUGCACGUUACUAGGUGUGACGAUUGGCACGUUGGUGCUAGCCGACAACGGUGCACAGGACACGACCGCAAGACAGUCAAAUUUUUCAUCGAAGUUGUCAAACGCUGAUUCGUCAUCUAUCACAACUGCUGUGUCAUCAAAUCACCACACUAACGUACCUACAACUGAAACCACUUCUACAACUCAGACCACAAUUAACACUACUACAACUAUUACUCCUUCUACUACUCCUACUCCUGCACCUAAUGCUACUACUAUUAUUCCUACUACUACUCCUAUUACUACUACUGCUGCACCAUCAACUACUACAUCUAAACCACCGAAAACAACCACCCAAACAUCUACAUCUACAUCUACAACUAUAUCCACUAGCACGGCUGCAUCAGGGACAACUGCUGUACCACCAGCUCCACCUUCUAAGGACCGCCAAUUUGAUGGUCUAAGCUUCUUUGGUGGCAUUAUCCUUACUACCUGUUUGAUGGCAAUUGCCGCAUUCUCGUGGAAAUUCUAUAGGCAGUGCAAGGAAGGGAACUAUCGUACACUGUGAUAACGUGCAAGGCACUAUAACGAACUUUUUUGUCAAGUAAACGCAGUUAAUUAACUAAGAACUACGAAUAAUUAUUUUAUUGUAAUAAUAUUGCGUAUUUUUAUAACGCAGUUAAAGUGUUGCGUGGUUUAAGUGCUCUUAGUAAUGUGAUGUGCAACCACGAGUUCCGUUUUUCUCGAUAUGUAUAUUGAAUAUAUAUAUAUAUAAAAAGGCAAUGAGAGGGUCAUGUGUAUUUGUAUGUAUUGAAAACGAUAACGUUGUAUUUAUAUGCGCGUUUUACUAGUAAAUGAGAGAUCGUGACGAGUUGCGUGUUGCAAGUAGGAGAGCAGAGAAGUAGAGGAGCUAGGAAGGGGGGAGGUGGGCGCAUUAACGAGAGCCAAUGACCAAUCAAACGUACAUUCCACAAGAGAGAAAAAGAGGGAGAUCAUAGUUCUUUAAACGCGCAUUAUCCCACUUCUUAUUAGCUUUCGCUCAAACUCUGUAUAACCGUUGGCAAGCUGUAUCUCUAAUCUAUGGUGUAUACAUUCCACAGUAAAGUUAUAUAAGAUCUGACUUCUACAAGGGAGGGGGAAGAGAAAGUAUUAAAUUUAAGAAACAUUGAGCUCGACGCGAAUAUCGAAGUGAAACGAAUCUCCAAAACAUUUGAAUCUCGUACGGAUAUAUAAAUCGAUGCGAUCUGAAAAAUGCUGUAUAACAAAAUUGUAACUGAUUAUUGAUCAUUAUUGAAAAUAUCAACAGUCAUGCGGUAUAAUAUGUGAUUACGCGCGAGCUGUUAAUUCUCUCCUUUAACAAAUCCUUAUCGCUGGACUUGCUGCACAUUAUUUUUCUGGCAAAAUUUGAGCAACGCGUGAAUAAUUGUACGAACAUUUAAGGCAUUACCGAAGUGAAGGUUCCUUUUCUUUCUAUUAGAUUUUGUGCUCUUUUUUUUUACAUGUUUAUUUUUAUUUACUCAGCCUAUAUUGCAUUGUAUAGCAAUGCAUAUCAAUUUUAUUUUUUUGCGUUCAUAGAUAAUUUCAUUCUUGAGCACGCUCAAGAUAUUGUCGAUUAUUUACACGUAAUCGUAACCGCCGUUGUUAUAAAACUUUUUAAAUUUCAAAAUGCUUAUUCGUCAAAUAGAAUGCCUAAAUAUUAAAUAGUUCCUUUCUCACACGUUCGCCUAAGAUGAAUCAAACUACACAAAAAAUCAACUGGGAAAUGUUUUUCACUUUUUUUUUAGUGCAACAUACAUACAUGGAUCACAAAAUUUAAUUAUUUUGCAGUCUUUUUCGUAGCAAGUAUUGUGAGAUAAUGUCUUAAAUAGCACAGUAUUGUAUUAAGUAUCUUAAGCGAUAUUCUAAGUAAUGUGUCAUGUUUAUUAUAAAAGAAGUAAAAAAGAUUAUAUAUUAUGUUAUAUUCAUGUGUAUAAUAUAAUCUCUUUCAGUUCACCUUAGAUUAUAUUAUGGUACAUUGAAAAGACA